AUGGCCACAAAGCCCGGCCGACAGAAGCACUCAUCUCGGUCCCGAUCACACACGCUGUUCUCCACUCGUUCUCUGCAGAACUCGUCUGCCUGCCGAACACAGCUGCCCAGAAAGCCCAGUCGGUCCUGCAAGGACUGGGACUCACUCGACGACCAGCUGAGUGGCAUCAUCAUCAUCAUCAUCAUCAUCAUCCUCAUCAUCUUUGGCAGCAGCAGCAGCAGCAGUAGCAACAAUGACAAGCGUGGCAGCGGUGACAGCAUCUUCGUCAGCCGGGACUCGACCUGUCCCCGUCCGAGAGGCAGCCGAACGUGUGGACGUGAUUGUAGCUCGUCUCUCCUCUUUCGUCUCGCCUCCGGCGGAGUUUUGAGGCCAAAACUGUCCGCUUUUGCCCGGUCGGCCAAGUGA